AGGGCGCAGGAGCAAGCAGCGCAGCGCGGUUCUCGGCGGCUGGGUUCCGAAUGGCGGCUCCUCAGCGGUUUCGAGUCCUGAGGUGCUACAGCUGCCGCCUUUUCCAAGUGCACCAGCUGAAGAAGAGUCUCAAAUGGACAUGCAGAGCGUGCGGAGAGAAGCAGUCCUUUUUGCGGGCUUACGGUGAGGGCUCCGGGGCUGACUGCAGACGCCAUGUCCAGAAAUUAAACCUGCUGCAGGGGCAGGUUUCAGAGAUGUCACUCAGGUCCCUGGGAGGUUUUAGAAGUGCCAGUGAAGAAGAAAUUGGAGGUCACCAGCAGGCUGAGAAUGUGAACCCUCAGGGAGAGAGCCGCUGGCUGAAGUUUCUGGACAAGGACUCCCCAGCUCUGGAACCAGGAGGAGUGUGUUUACACAGACAGCCUUCAUCCAAAAUGGAGGAUCCAGACGCUCCCUUCAGUCAAGAGCUGCCCAGAAAAAGGAAAUGGAGCCCAAGCACAGCCCAGACAGCACACAGCCAUGAUAUCCCAGACCUGGGCGACGCCGAGGGCUCCUGGGAACCCCGUAAGGUUGGUGUUGGGGAACAGCACUUCCCUUCUGGUCCCAGUGAUACCAAGCAUACGCAGGGAUGUUGAAGUAUGAGGUUUUUACUCCCACAAAGCACAGCUUCCUUCCUGAGGCUCUUGUCUUCAGCUCCUUUCUCUGGGCUCUGCCCCAUCUCGCCCCCUGCUCAUCUUCCCCAUGAAAUUAACUGGCAGCCCAAAAGGCAUCGUGAUACCUGGGCGUCACCUGAGGUUGGCCCGGCUUUGCCUCACUCCCCAGGUACAUACUCUCACAUUAAAGGCCCCUGGUCACUCGGGCUGUGUUCCUGUUCCUUAUGCUUGAACCUAGCAGAACCCACUGCACAUUCAGUGCUGCAGAACCCAGGUUUUGCCUUAUGCUGUCCUGGGAGCGUGGGCAUGAGGCCUGCUGACAUUGGUCACUGCCCUCGCCCAGCCUUAGCACAGAUCACACAGAUCACAGGCUCAAAGCCAGGAGGCAAGUUCAAAUUUUGGUGUUGCCGGGACUAGGUUUGUGACCCUAAGUAUGUGGCUCUAAGUCUCCAAAUGACAGAAUGUGGCAGAGCCAUUGUUUUGCAGUCCCUGGGCUAAACAUGAACUGUGUUAUUGUGUUUAAUGCUCAUGUCAAGUCUGGUGCUUAGAGAGAGGAAGCAAGUUCAGUGGCAAAGCCAGUGUUGGGUAUCAGGGAUGGACGCAGGCCUCUUCCCCGUUGUUGAUGCCUGGGUGGCAAUGUUGCAAGGACCCACUCUGGGGUGGUUUUCAAAUAAAUCUUAUAGUUAAGUAGUGAAACCUAAUU